UCACGCUAUGCGCCCACACCCGCCCCGCUCCAAACACUACCCCCCUCGGAGAUCAUCCCGCGCCUCUAUGUCGGAGACCUCGCCGCCGCGGAGAGCCCACAGGUGCUCGCCACACUCGGUAUAACCCAUGUCGUCAGUGCCAUGCCCGGGCACGUCGCCCUUCCGCCCACCUCCGCGCUCCCGCACCUCCCGCCACACCAAACGCUGCAGCGGCUCCAGCUCCCCCUGCAGGACUCCCCGUUCUCGGAGCUCGCCGCGUUCCUGCCGCGCGCCACUGCGUGGAUCGCUGCGGCACUGCGCGACCCCGGCGCGCGCGUGCUCGUGCACUGCGUGCAGGGCGUGAGCCGCAGCUCGAGCAUCGCCGCCGCGUUUGUGCUCGCCCAGUACGGGUGCACGCCCGAGCAAGCGCUGCAGCUCGUCCGCUCGAAACGUCCGUGCGCACAGCCGAACCCGGGCUUUGUCUCGCAGCUCGGCGAGUAC